AUGGAGUCGCCUAUAAACACCCUUAUGGUUGAGGGGUCCAUCGAUGGUAUCUCCCAAUUUUAUUUCACCUUGCCCCCAAAACUGGAAGCCCGAGAUGGAAGCUAAUAGUGGGGGUGGUGGGGUGUUAGACCAAGUGCUCGAGAUGGCCCAGUAUCUCGAAACACGGAGGGGAUCGCAGGGGCUUGUCGCUCAAAUAAAAUCGCAACUUGAAGGAGAGGCCUACGAUCUCGAUAAUUGUUUGCGUGAGAUUGUGAAUGCCAGCAACUCUCUUUCUACUACACCAGAGAAAGGUAGUAUUCUGUCUCUUGUGAUAUACCGCGGGAAUUAUCUUGCUAAAUGUGAGAUAGAAUUUAUUCCUGCUUAUAAUCUUCUUAUACACCUUGUUCGCUCGUCAACAGCGCUACCAGAGUUGCUGCCCACAAUUCUGCAAAACCUCUCCACACCCCCCUCCACCUCACCGAUUAAUGGACCCUCCCUGUCGGUCCACGCUUUAUCAACUAUCUUCAAUGUUCUUCCCGCCAGUAGCCCUUUACGAUACCCCGUCUUCAAGGCAACUCUACAGGUUGUUACUGAACAUGGGAUGUACGACGUUCUGGCUCCCCAACUGAAGAAUAUCGAGCGAUGGGUGGGAGAAUGGGGGAGUUCUGUCGCCGAGAUUAGGGAUCUGUAUAUUGCUCUUGCCGGCGUGGCUGAGACGGCUGGUGAUUCCGAGUACGUACCUGUUAUUUUUCAAACCAUUCCCCAGAACCAGAGCUAACACAUGGUAGUCAAUUCUAUUCCUUCCUCUUCCGUACUUUGCAAGGGUUUACCCCCGAGGAAUCCACUGGUGAAGAAGCUCGAACGAUUGCUGUACGUUUAUUGAAAGCAUCGGUCAACCUACCAAGCCGCCUCGAAUUCGAUGAUAUUAUCUCCCUGGAUGCAAUUCAACAACUUUCUAACACUGAUCCGGAGGCCUUUGCUCUAUUGGAGGUAUUUGCUGGUGGUGAUCUUGAGGACUAUGAGGAAUUUAAUGAUGAGCACGAUGGCUGGGUUGACGAUAAUGGUUCGCCCCACCAUCUCUUCUUUAGGGCAUAUUCUGACCAUGAACAGGAAUCGACCACUCUGUCGCUUUCCGCAAAAUCCGUCUCUUAACUCUUGCCUCUCUCGCCUCCACCGCUUCGAGUCGCGAGCUGCCGUACUCUGUGAUUGCCCGCCGUCUGCACAUCCCAAGUGAAGAAGUAGAGCUUUGGGUAAUCGAUGUCAUUCGCGCAGGACUGGUAGAAGGCAAACUCUCGCAGCUCAACCAAACAUUUCUCAUUCACCGCUCCACUUAUAGGUCUUUUGGGAAGUCUGAGUGGGAGGAAGUUGGUGUCAGAUUGGACAACUGGAAAGCCAGUUUGAGAAACAUCCUGGAGGUUGUCAGAGGCGCCAGAGAACAGGUUGUCACUCAGGGUGGUGAUAGUGCGGUGCAAUCAGCAAUGAACGGAGGGGGGAACGCCCUGCAGGUUGAGGGCUAG